AUGCUUAUUUUAAGCAGUAGUGAAGAAAGAAGCAAUCAGGCACGAGAACUGGACUACCAUGCAAGAAUCAAAAUGCAGAGAAAAAGACGAGCAUAUGAAUCUAACCUCAUCUGUGAUGGCCUGCAUUUAGAAGCAACAAGAUCGAUUUUGGAUGAUAAGCUUGUAUUUGUAAAAGUACAUGCCCCAUGGGAGGUGUUAUGUACAUAUGCUGAGCUAAUGCACAUCAAAUUGCCUCUGAAACCCAAUGAUCUGAAAACCCAGUCCUCAGCCUUUGAUAAUUUCAGCUGGUUUACCAAAGUCCUCCAAGUGGAUGAAAGUAUCAUCAAGCCAGAGCAAGAGUUUUUCACUGCCCCAUUUGAGAAGAACCGGUUGAAUGAUUUUUAUAUUCAGGAUAGAGAUACUUUCUUCAAUCCAGCCACCAGAAGCCGCAUUGUUUACUUCAUCCUCUCUCGGAUCAUGUAUCAAGUAAGAGACAAUGUUAAAAAGUUUGGGAUUAACAAACUUGUCAGCUCUGGGAUCUACAAAGCAGCUUUCCCUCUCCAUGAUUGCAACUUCAGCCAUAAGUCAGAGGAUCUCAGCUGCCCAAGCGAACGGUAUCUUCUGUACAGGGAGUGGGCUCAUCCGCGAAGUAUAUACAAAAAGCAGCCCUUGGAUCUUAUCAGGUAUAGCAAAGAAGUUUGUCAUCCUGAUAUUGGUGGCAAGAUCAUCAUGUGUCCUCAGUGUGAUCAACAUUGUCCAUUCUGGAAUCUUAAUAUUACUUGCGAGUCCUCAAAGAAAUUGUGCAUCUUUGAUAGUUUUGGAACCCUAGUGUUUGCAGUAUUUAUGGGAAUAUGGGUCACCUUGUUUUUGGAGUUUUGGAAGCGGCGCCAGGCGGAACUUGAGUACGAAUGGGACACUGUUGAGUUACAGCAGGAAGAGCAACCCCGGCCAGAAUAUGAGGCACAGUGUACUCACGUGGUGAUCAAUGAGAUUACUCAGGAACAUGAGCGUGUACCCUUCACUACCUGGGGAAAAUGUGUCCGUAUAACCCUCUGUGCAAGUGCUGUCUUAUUCUGGAUCCUAUUGAUCAUUGCUUCCGUUAUCGGGAUCAUUGUCUACAGGCUCUCAGUGUUCAUUGUGUUUUCUACCAAACUUCCCGAGACCUUAAAUGGGACAGACUCAAUCCAGAAGUACCUGACUCCACAGACAGCCACGUCUAUCACAGCUUCCCUCAUCAGCUUUGUCAUCAUCAUGAUUCUGAACAUCAUAUAUGAAAAAGUAGCCAUCAUGAUUACGAAUUUUGAACUCCCAAGGACCCAGACUGAUUAUGAGAACAGCCUGACCAUGAAGAUGUUCUUAUUCCAGUUUGUCAACUACUAUUCUUCAUGCUUCUACAUCGCAUUCUUUAAGGGCAAAUUUGUAGGUUAUCCGGGAGACCCAGUCUAUUGGCUGGGAAAAUACAGAAAUGAAGAGUGUGACCCAGGUGGCUGUCUCCUUGAACUGACAACACAGCUGACGAUAAUCAUGGGAGGCAAAGCAAUCUGGAAUAACAUACAAGAGGUGUUACUUCCCUGGGUCAAGAACCUAAUUGGACGAUGUCGCACAGUUUCCAGAACAGAAAAAAUAACCCCGCGAUGGGAACAAGACUACCACCUGCAGCUCAUGGGCAAACUGGGAUUGUUUUAUGAAUAUCUUGAAAUGAUUAUUCAGUUUGGGUUCGUCACCUUAUUUGUGGCCUCUUUUCCACUGGCCCCUCUGUUGGCUCUGGUGAACAAUAUAUUGGAAAUAAGAGUGGACGCGUGGAAAAUGACUACCCAGUAUAGACGCAUGGUUCCCGAAAAAGCCCAAGACAUCGGAGCAUGGCAGCCCAUCAUGCAAGGAAUAGCAAUUCUGGCUGUGGUGACCAAUGCCAUGAUCAUUGCUUUCACGUCAGACAUGAUCCCCCGCCUGGUGUAUUACUGGUCCUUCUCUGUCCCUCCCUAUGGGAACCACACCCAUUACACCAUGGAAGGAUACAUCAACAGUACUCUCUCCAUUUUCAAGGUGUCAGACUUCAAAAAUCAAAGCAAGGGAAAUCCAGACCCUAAGGUUGUCAUCCCUACCACAUGCAGGUACCGUGAUUUCCGGAACCCACCUGGACACGAACAACAGUAUAAACACAACAUCUACUACUGGCAUGUGAUCGCAGCCAAGCUGGCUUUCAUCAUUGUCAUGGAGCAUCUCAUCUACUCUGUGAAAUUUUUUGUAUCCUAUACCAUCCCAGAUGUAUCAAAAAACACGAAGAGCAAGAUCAGGAGAGAAAAAUACUUAACCCAAAAGCUUCUUCGUGAGAAUCACCUCAAAGAUAUGACAAAAAAUAUGGGGGUCAUAGCUAAGAGGAUGGGGGAAGUGGUAGAUAACAAUUUACGACCAAAAUUAGAAUAAGAGCUUUAUGUUCUGAGAAGCACUUUACAGAAUUUAACUCUGUCAAAAUAUAUUAUGAAUCACUAAUGAGAAUGUUUAAGUUAAAACACUUUGGCAAAUAGGAGUCUUCGCUAUUAGCCAUUUUCAUAGAGAUGAUUUUUCCGUUUCAGCCAGCGACGCAGGACCUGGGAAAUGUAAAACUUAGAUCAAGAAGUGCAUAAAACUAAUCACCUGGAAAACCAGAAAUAUUACCCUUUUUUGAUAAAUUGGAAUUUCUGUAACACAGAAAGUGUCUCGUAGUGUGCUUAAAAACCGCCCCUUCCGAAGCAGAAUGGAUUUUUGUCCCUCCAUUUGAUUAUUUUCAUUCCUUUCUGUUCUCAAGCACAUGCUCCCCUUUUAGGCAAUGUUUCAUUUCUUCACUUCGCCAGAUCUGUCCCAGGGUUAGCUUUCCCUAAGACUAGACAGACAUGCUAGCUUUUGUGUGAUUAAAAAUAGCUAACUCAGAAUUCGGUUUGAAUGGUGUAUUCAGUGGCAAAUAGACCCAAGAAUUCACAGUAUUUAGGUGUAUUAGCACAUCCCUACAGAAAAUGAAACCUCACUUAAUAAGAGGAAAUGGUUUCAGUCUUCAUUUUGGCCUGUCUUUCCGAUCUCAAAGAAAUACUCUUAAUGGAUUGGAAUAAAGAUAGCAAGGUCCUGAAGUGUAUUUGUACUAAUCCACAGUGACACCUUUUAUCUUCUAGGAGCACUCCUAGAAUCUUCUGUGCCUAAUCAAUGUUGACUGCUUUGCAAAUCUCAAGGGAGUAAGAUGACAAAAGCGGGGAAAGUUACAGAUUCAAAUAGAAUUGUAACUCCUAUUGAUCAGGAUAAUUUACCUCUUCUAAAUAUAUAUAGUUUCUUGGGAAGAAAAUGAAAUCAAGGGACUAAAGUUACAUUUUUAUCAGUGUAAUGGUCUGGAAAGAUAAGCCCAUCCGUUUCCCACCAGUUGUCGGUGACUCCUCAGAUCCAGGAGGGAGAGCAUUAGAGCCCACAAGCACCACUGGGAACGGCUCACUAUCUAGCCAGUGUGGCAGGCCAGUGCUGUGCGCGCUUAAGAGAACAGCAAGUGCUCUGUGAGGCCGUGUGGGGCGUGCCUUUCCGGCAGGGGUCCUGCCAUCCAAGUGAUCAACAUACCAAGGCAUCUGCCAUGGUCAGGGUGGUUCCCCACAUCCUCCAUUCCCUGUUCCCAGCCCAGCAACUUUGUAACUUGCACGCACCAAGGGCUGGGUGGGAGCAGUGGUGGGGGAAGUGGAGGCAGACAGGAGCAGACCCAGAUCACUCCCAGUUCAGAAAAGAGACUGGUUUUGAUUUGCGCUUCCAGCCUCCCUGACUUCCUGCUGAACGCCUUUGCCACGCAUAUCUUGCCUUCAGUGUGUUCAGCUCAGCAGUCUUUACUGCGCUUUACUGCCUUGCGGGUGCAAGGCCCUCUGGUGGGCUCUGGAGAAGAGCCGGGGCCUGCACCGCUCACCCUUGACUGGCACCAGGGCAGGACUGGGUGCAGGAGAGGGGUCUGGCCCUGGGUUCUUGCUAGGUGGGCCACCACCCACUGCGGUGCUGCUAAACGCCCAGGUGCCGUGGAAGCCAAGCCACUCAGAAUCCCAGCAGCAAAGGGAAAGGAAAGUUGUUUCAUGAGCAGAUUCAGAGGCUUGUUGUAAGAGAGCAGCUUCACUCAAGGUCACAGUUCUGCACGCAUGCCGUGAAUGUUUAAAAAACGAACAACAAAAAUAGAAUUUACGUAGGAUCCAUCAAAGCAGUAUUCUGGGCUUCUGAAUUGUCCCAGUGGAUCAGGGGCAACAUUUCACCAACUUUCUUGGUCACAUGAACAAUGGGAACAGAGUGCUCCCAACAAGCCACACGAGCUCUGACUGCACAGGGAGUAAGGAAGGAGUUUCUUGCAGCUGCUCAGUCCGCACAGCCCAGACCGGGUGCGUCUGGUCCUUCCCCUGCUCAACUGUGACACUGCUCCUAGCAGUGGGGUGUCACUUCCUCUCCUGUCACCUCUGCUCUUCUCCGAAGCCUAGGACUAUCUCCUCGUGUUGGAUUUGGCGAGUACUCACUGUUUAUGGGAGCCCAGAAAAGGAAAUAUUCUUGCCUUAUCUCCUUGUAUAUGCGAUACAACUUUAAAAGAAUUGUGCACUUACAUCUUCAUAAAUCAUCUUUCACAAAUCAUCUUCAUAGUUUACAGUGUGCUUUUGUGGCCAGGAGGGGGGAAAGCUCUACAUUUAUAAAGGCAGAAAAUCCGAUGCAUGACAUGCCAGUAUUCCCCAAACAGCGAAGGAGUAGGGAGCCAGGCUCCCCUGUGACACGGACAGCGUUCACGUAACUCCAGUGCUGACUGGGCGGCGGCGACGAAAAAUGCGGGGCCGCGUGUGCAGGCGGGCACGGGCCGGAUCGGGAUAUGUGUGCAGAAGCAGCACCCCAGGAAAAAGGGUGGGUGUGACGGUGCCCCCAUAAGAGGAGAAUCUGGCCCUCCGCCUGCCCAGUGUUAACCACUAGAGAACUUUGAGUUUUAUAUCCUUUUGUAAUGCCUGUGAAUUUUAGCAGAUUGAAGCAUUAGACCAAAAUACUCAGGAGAUUUUUAACUAUCCCUCACAUAUUUCAGGUGUGUCGAUAGAAAGGGAAUGCUAUCAUUUUUGUUUGAAAACUAAACAAGGCCAUCUUGUAAACUGUCACCAAACGCCUUGCCUUUUAAUUACCCGUGCGUGCAUCUGGAAUUUCAGAAAACAUUAGUUCACCAUGGGGGGCAGAAUGAGCUCUGCUAUUGAAACACUUCUUGUACCGUUUCCUCAUUGUGCAUAUUAUAAGAUGUUUGAAAAGUUAAAAUGUUUGAGCAGCUUAACUAAACUAGAACGGAAAUAUUCACGAUGCUUUCAUACACUGCGGCAUAAGAUGUAAAGUUUGUAAUGUUUUGUGAAUUUGUGCAUUUUAUUAUUCUUUUAUAAUUAUGAGCAUUUUAAUAAAUUCAUUUUUCAAAA